AACGACUGAGCGAGUGUCAGUGAACGGUAUGUAUACACUAUACAGCCUCAGGCCCUCAGGCCCAGGGCGCCAUCCGCCGCCAUCGUCAACGAACAAUAAACAAAUGCCAUAUAUAUAAAUCCCAACCUGAAUCCAAUUUUUUUAAAUAGAGGCAAUAUAGGGUUGAGAUUACUAAUAUCGACACAGUAGACGCUUUCAAAAACAAUAGUACGGAUAUAUUGCAGUCUUGGUAUACGCAAGUAUGGCUUCAGGAAAUGAUGCCAACGAUGUCUGCCUGCACGCAAUGUUUCGCGAGCAGGUAGCCAGAACACCUGACAACAUCGCACUUAUCAGCAAAGACCGGUCCAUAACUUAUAAAGCCCUAGAUGAAGCUUCUGACCGACUUGCUGCGUCACUAAUAAGACAUGGCGUGAAGAAGGACAGCUGUGUAGGUAUCCUUAUGGAUCGAUCCCUUGAAUAUGCUCUCACAUAUGUGGCUAUAUUGAAAGCUGGAGGUGCAUACCUGGUUUUGGAUCCCGCAUAUCCCGAGGAUCUCUUAGCGAACGUACUGAAAAGUUCAAAGCCCACUGUUGUAGUAUGCAAGCGCAACUUGGCUGGGAGACUGCCAGAGACAAGUCCCGUAAUUGUACUGAAGACGAAUCCGUUUGAUGCCAAGAAUUCUGUGGAUCAGAUCACUGAAGAGG